AUGCGGACGCAACCCGCUUUGCCCAAGCUGGAGCUACCACCGCCGAACCUCAACGACGAGACAGCUCUCUUUCAACAUGCACCCACACCAGGUACGAAAGUACGGCAAGAGUGGGAGCCCGGAUGCCAGCCCGACGAGGUGUAUGAUGCGGCGCUGCCUGCCUGGAGGGCACGCGCGAGGCGGUAUCUCGUCCGGAGGCUACAUGUUGAGAAGAAGUGGAUGGCGGACUGGCAGCUGAGGGUGCGAACGGAAGGGAGGGACAAGUAUUUCUACUGGACUGCUAUCUUUGGCACUCAUACCUUCUUCAACGCCUUCUUACCGCUGUUCUUCUGGUACGGUGACCCGGCUAAGGGUCGAGGCUUGCUCAAUGCUGUCGGCCUGGGUAUCUACAUGUCUUCUUUCGCUAAAGACCUGGUCUGUACACCUCGACCUUACAGCCCGCCUGUCGUCCGUCUCGCAAUGAGCACUCAUGCGCAUGAGUACGGCUUCCCCUCCAGCCAUUCCACCAAUACCCUCACUAUUGCACUCUUUCUUGGCCAAUGGGUCUGGGAGGUCAGAAGCGCUAUAGGUCCUAUAGCGACCAGUAUCGCAUCUCUCAUCUUGAUGGUUUACAUGGUCAGUGUUGUCGGCGGGCGAGUCUACACCGGUAUGCACUCGAUUGCCGAUGUGGUAGGAGGAUCUCUGAUGGGGAUUGCCUGCUGGGCCACUGGACUACUUGUGGAGGCACCGCUUGAACUAUGGACCACGUCCGGAUCAUUAACAGUUCCCCUGCUUGGCAUCCCUCUCACUCUCGCAUGCGUGCACUAUCAUCCGGAACCGGUGGACCCAUGUCCGUGCUUCGAGGACGCCAUUGCUGUGCUUUCCGUCAUGCUCGGUGGCGUACUGGGGCAUUGGUACGAAGUGCGGAACGGCCUGGUAGCGACAGCACUUGCUACUGAAGUCUGGGGUAGGGGACCCAUCAUAGGCGCCACUAUCGUUCUGGAGAGACUAGUACUCGGUAAGCUCGCCCAACUUUUGUCCGGCAGUGACCGCGAGCUCAUGUCAGGUAUCGCAAUCGUCUUCGGAUGGAGGAUACUCGCGAAGCGGACCCUCCUUCGUGUAUUGCCGACCAUCUUCCGAGUUUACUCCAAGACACUCGACGUGGACCUACCGACCAGACAGGGAUACACAGCUGCCACCGACUACAAAGGGUUCCCUCAAACACCCAUCCGCUCUGUUCCCUCUUUCCUCGACAUGGCGCAAGCCGACUCCUCAGCCGAGGCCACACCAGUCGACUCUCCGACGGACCUGCUCGCGGCCCGAGGCAGUAUGUCUGGGAGUCUCAAUCCUCUUGACAUUCCCGACGCAGCUCUGCGGAGAAGGGGAUCUGGUAGGACCGCUGAGGCGACAACCAAAAAGGCCGGACCGGCUGGGCCUGCUAAGGCUAAGCGGAGCACGAGGCCGACAGAGAUCAAGUUUGAUGUAGAAGUCUUGACAAAGGUGAUUGUCUAUCUUGGGAUUGGGCUGCUGGCUUGCACGAUUAUACCGUACAUUUUCAGCUGGAUCGAGGACAGGCUGUUAUAG